AUGGCUGCGGCUUCUCCCCCAACACCAGAUCAUUUUGCAGUUGAAACAAGGGGCAAAUCGCCCUCAUUUGUUCCCGCCAUGACCGCCCGAUUGCUCCAUCCCGAUGAAUGGGAGAUGGCCUCGCGAUCAUCGGUCGACUCGCAGGGUACAUUCAACCUCGACGAGGCCGAUUUUGAAUCUCAAGUCCCUCCCACAUCCCAAUUUGGCAAACGUCGACUGCCCUGGCUAUCUCGACUAUUUUCAACGGCUUCCACAGGAUAUCACCGUUUAAAGACCAACUCCAGACCGGCCCUCGCAGGUACCCCACGGCCAAGCUGCUCCCGCCGAUUCUGCAUCCGCCGCUGCUGUUACAUCCACGUCGUUGUCGGCAUCGUUUUCGUUCUUGCGCUGCUCACAUCGAUCCUCUUCCCCUCCUAUACGCACCCGCCAGCGCACUACGCCACGCUCCGCGAAUCCGUUCUUGGGGGCUCAUACUCUGGGCGCGGAAACCCGCGAGGCGAGAAGGUGUUUAUCGCGGCAAGUCUAUACGACAGUGGGGGUGAGCUUGCUCGGGGUCAAUGGGGAGAACAGUUGGUGGAUCUAAUUGAUCUGCUCGGACACGACAAUGUAUUCCUCAGUAUAUACGAGAAUGACAGUGGUGACGAGGGAGAGCGCGCACUCCGCGAGUUGGAAGAGAAAGUGAGAUGUCCAAAGUCGAUUGUGUCGGAAAAACACUUGGACCCAAAGACCCUUCCAACCGUGACGAUUCCUGGUGGCUCGAACCGGGUUAAGCGUAUCGAAUAUCUGGCUCAGGUACGGAACAAAGCGCUCCAGCCAUUGACCGACCUCCCGGAUAUGAAAUUUGAUAAGCUCCUAUACAUGAACGAUAUCUUAUUCCACCCUAUCGACACCGUCCAGCUCCUUUUCUCGACGAACGCCAACGAAGAGGGCAUUGCACAAUACCGCGCAGCGUGCGCCGUGGACUUUGACAAUCCUUUCAAAUUCUACGACACAUACGCAACUCGCGACCUCGAGGGCUACAGCAUGGGUCUUCCCUUCUACCCAUGGUUCACAACCUCCGGCAAAGGCGAGAGUCGGCGUGACGUGCUAGCCGGCAAAGAUGCUGUCCGGGUGCGCAGCUGCUGGGGUGGAAUGGUCGCUUUCGACGCGAAGUACUUCCAAUCCGGGUCGCCGCCAACUUCGCCCAACCCGGCACGUUUCCGCUCUGGUCACGAUCUCUUCUGGGAGGCAUCUGAGUGCUGUCUUAUUCAUGCAGACAUCCAGGAUCCUCAGACUGACGUCGACAAUAUCUCCGACACCGGUAUCUACAUGAAUCCCUUUGUGCGGACGGCCUACAACCACCGCACACUUUCAUGGCUGGGUGUCACUCGCCGUUUCGAAGGACUAUACUCCUUCCUCCACAAUCUGGGUAAUCACCUCGUUGGCUUGCCUUGGUACAACCCACGGCGAGCGGAGGUUCCUGGCCAGAACGUCCAAGAGACGGUUUGGAUCCCGGAUGCCAAGGUGGACGGCGGCGGCUCCUUCCAGCUUGUUGAUCGGGUUGCUGGCAAUGAUGGAUAUUGUGGACGCCGUGGUCUUCAGGUUAUUGUUGAAGAUCGCAAACCUGGACAAAAGGGCUUUGAAAAUAUUCCUGUUCCUUCAUAA